GUGGGAUUUUCAUCAUUUCGCAAAAAUUGAUCACAAUCAUCUGCCGUGCCAUCGUCGCCCAAGCAAUCGGUUACUCGAAAAAAGAUUGUGUAAUAAUAGUUUUUAAUAUCAAUAUGCUGUUGCAUUUCUAAAACAACAGAUUUUACACUAAAUGCAUUGUCGAAAGCUGGUGGAACAUUUUGUGUGUCGAUAAAAUAACGUGGUGAAAGUAAUCGGAAGAAUGGCAUACAGGCUACUUUCGUCAGCUCGUAAGCUGGAAUCAACUCUGGCUAGUUUGAGUCGUCAACAUCGCACAGUCAACUCGACCGAUAGUGAAAAGCAGAUAAUACGUAGCAUAAGUUAUCUUCAAUCCAGUAAAAAUAAAGUAUGGAACGAAUUCUUGCACCGCAUUCAACUAUUCUGCGAAAAACCUCCCAAGGGAUUCGAAAAGUAUUACAAACCGGGUGGCAGCAAAAAGGGACAAUCCCAGGAAGCUGCAGGGAAAUCGGAUGCCAAACCAACUUCAUCAGCCGCAGGCUCGUCCUCAAGCAGUGGUAAAAAUGCACCCCCGCAGGAGUCUCAGCAAGGCCCACCGAAAAACGAUUGGAAUCUGGGUAUGUUUGGCCCACAGCCCAGGGGAGAAAAAAGUGGUGGUGGAUCUGGCAGCGGAGGAUCCGGUCGGCCGAUCGGUGGAAGCGGAGAGGGUGGCGAAAAAGAAAAAAUGAUGAUUGUUGGAGCGCUGACCGGCAUAGCUCUGAUUACGUCGAUUGCGUACUUUGAAAUGGGUUACAAGGAAAUCGCCUGGAAGGAAUUCGUUAAUAAUUAUCUUGCUCGUGGUAUCGUUGAGAAAUUAGAAGUUGUGAACAAAAAAUGGGUUCGCAUAAAGUUAACCCCAGGAAAUGUUGCCGAUUCAGCCGGUACCUUAUGGUUUAACAUCGGUAGUGUGGAUUCAUUCGAACGGAAUCUGGAAAAUGCCCAAGCCGAUAUGAACAUCGAACCGGUUAACUUUGUUCCCGUCAUCUAUCGUACGGAAAUUGAGGCCGCCAGUCUUACCGGCUUGCUACCUACUCUGCUGAUUAUUGGUUUCCUGGUCUACAUGAUGCGUCGUUCAUCCGAAAUGAUGGGCGGUCGCGGAGGACGAAAGGGUGGGGGUCUCUUUGGAGGAGUCAUGCAAUCGACUGCUAAACUGAUCAACGCCAACGAAAUUACCGUUGGAUUUAAGGACGUUGCGGGUUGCGAAGAAGCCAAAAUCGAAAUCAUGGAGUUUGUCAACUUCCUAAAGAAUCCGCAGCAGUACAUUGACCUGGGAGCUAAAAUUCCCAAGGGCGCCAUGCUCACCGGGCCACCGGGAACGGGUAAAACUUUGCUAGCUAAGGCCACGGCUGGAGAAGCCAAUGUUCCUUUCAUUACCGUGUCCGGUUCGGAGUUUUUGGAAAUGUUUGUGGGUGUCGGUCCAUCCCGCGUUCGAGACAUGUUCGCGAUGGCUCGUAAACAUGCGCCCUGCAUAUUGUUCAUUGAUGAAAUAGAUGCCGUUGGUCGCAAGCGUGGAGGCAAAAGUUUCGGUGGUCAUUCUGAGCAGGAAAACACAUUGAACCAGCUGCUUGUAGAAAUGGAUGGCUUCAACACUACCACGAACGUAGUCGUGUUAGCGGCCACUAAUCGUGUUGAUAUCCUCGAUAAAGCAUUGUUACGUCCCGGUCGUUUUGAUCGUCAGAUUUUCGUACCAGCACCAGACAUCAAAGGUCGUGCUAGUAUCUUCAAAGUGCAUUUGGGCCCUCUAAAGACGGCAUUGGAUAAAAUGAACUUGGCUCGCAAAAUGGCAGCCCUUACACCGGGUUUUACGGGUGCAGAUAUUGCGAACGUGUGUAACGAAGCAGCGCUCAUCGCUGCCCGUGACUCGAAUGAUUCAAUCAUCUUGAAACAUUUUGAACAAGCAAUUGAAAGAGUUAUCGCUGGUAUGGAGAAGAAAACCAAUGUCCUGUCACCAGAUGAAAAGCGCACUGUUGCCUAUCAUGAAGCUGGACAUGCCGUAGCCGGAUGGUUCCUGGAACAUUCGGAUCCUCUCCUGAAGGUUUCCAUUAUUCCACGUGGAAAGGGUCUUGGCUACGCCCAGUACUUACCAAAGGAUCAAUAUUUGCUGACAACCGAACAACUCUUUGAUCGAAUGUGCAUGACCCUUGGUGGACGAAUUUCGGAAGAAAUUUUCUUCAAUCGAAUCACUACUGGAGCCCAGGAUGACUUGAAAAAAAUCACCGAUAGUGCGUAUGCUCAGAUCACGCGUUUCGGCAUGAACAAGGCAGUGGGUAACGUCAGCUUCGAUACCUCUCAGCCCGGGGAUCCAAUGUUCUCUAAGCCAUACUCGGAACAGACGGCCCAGCUGAUCGACGAAGAAGUCCGGAAGUUAAUUGACAAUGCCUAUGUUCGAACGAAAGAACUGUUGAUUAAACAUAAGAGUGACGUCGAGAAGGUGGCCGAACGGCUAUUGAAAAACGAAAUCCUCAGUCGAGACGAUAUGAUUGAGUUGUUAGGAAAACGACCGUUCCCGGAGAAGUCCACAUACGAGGAGUUUGUCGAGGGUACCGGAUCGUUCGAAGAGGAUACCACCUUGCCGCAAGGUUUAGCCAGCUGGAAUAAGGAGAAAACGAGCCCUGGUACCGAUUCCGACAGUCAACCACCAGUGGAACCAACAAAAGCGUAGUAAAUACAUAGCUUAUUGUAGGAAUGCAGAAAUCAAUUUGAAAUCGAUAACUAUUUCAUUUUUGAAAACCUAUUCAAAACAUGCGAAAUAAAAAAAUUGUUAUUACUGUA